CUCCGGCCCGCUGCCCUCCAGUCAGGCCGGAGCAGCCGACGGGACGGGAGCCCCACCAAGGCCGAAAGUCAUGCUGCAGUGGGUCAUCCUCGGGGCCCUGCUUCUGGGCGGGCCGGGCCGGGCCGGCGCGGUCGCCGAGCGCAUGUUCGGGGAGGUGACGUCGCCCCGGUACCCCCGGCCGUACCCCAACCUCUACCACGGCACCACGGACAUCGCCGUGCCGGCCGGCUACCGCGUGAAGCUCGGGUUCUGGCAGUUCGACCUGGAGCCGUCCGAGGCCUGCUUCUACGACUACGUCAAGGUUUCGGCGGACAAGACGGACCUGGGCCGGUUCUGCGGGCGGGCGGACUCCGCGCCGGGCCAGCACCCGGGCCGCCGGGAAUUCCUCUCCAAGGGCAACCGGAUGCGGCUGACCAUGCACACCGACUUUUCCAACGAGGAGAACGGGACCACGGUCUUCUACAAGGGCUUCCUGGCCUACUACCAAGCCGUGGACCGGAACGAGUGUACGGAGCCGGACGACGCUGGACCGCGCUGUAAGCAGCUCUGCCACAACACGGUGGGCAGCUACUUCUGCUCCUGCCGUCCCGGCUACCGUCUGAACAGCGACCGCCACUCCUGCCGGGCGGACUGCAGCGCGGAGCUGUACACGGAGCCGGCGGGCUCCGUGUCCAGCCUGGACUACCCCCAGCCCUACCCGCCGGACACGCGCUGCAACUACAGCAUCCGCGUGGACCGUGGCCUCAGCCUGACCCUCAAGUUCCUGGAGCCCUUCGAGAUCGACGACCACCAACAAGUUCGCUGCCCUUAUGACCAGCUCCAGAUCUACGCCGGCGGGAGGCUUCUGGAAGAGUACUGCGGCACCAAGAACCCGGGCGUCCUGGACACCGGCAGCAACGCCGUGGACCUGGUCUUCCUCACCGACGAGUCGGGCUUCAGCCGGGGCUGGAAGCUCCGCUACAGCUCGAAAGCCGUGCAGUGCCCCCGGCCUGUGCCGAGGGACCAGUUCACCGUCAUCAGAGACCCCCAGCCCCUCUACGAGUAUCGCGACUAUUUCAUCGCCGCCUGCAAGACCGGCUACCAGCUCAACGAGGGGAACCGCGUUUUGCCUUCCUUCACUGCCGUGUGCCAAGACGACGGCACCUGGCACCGGGCCAUGCCUUCUUGCAAGAUCGUGAACUGCGGCCCGGCCAGCCCCCUGCCCAACGGGAUGGUCAAGUACCUCACGGGCCCGGGGCUGAAGACCUACGAGGCCCAAAUCCAGUACGAGUGCCAGGAGCCCUAUUAUCGGCUGUUGGCGCCCGGGGGUACCGGGACGUACACCUGCUCGGCCCAGGGCGCCUGGAAGGACCAGCUGGGAGGAAAGAAGAUUCCCCUGUGCCUACCAGUGUGCGGCCAGCCGGACACACCCGUGGUCCACAAGCAGCGCAUCAUUGGCGGCGACAAGGCCCAGAGGGGCAACUUCCCGUGGCAGGCCUUCAUCCGCGUCCAGGGCCGCAGCGGCGGGGCCCUGCUGGGGGACCGCUGGGUGCUCACGGCCGCCCACGUCUUCCGGCCCAAGGGGGGCUCCGGCCCUCAGGACUUGGAACAGGUGCACGUGUUCCUGGGCCACACGGACCUGGAGGAGAUCGAGAAGCUGGGGGCCCACCCCGUGCGGCGGGUGGUGAUCCACCCCGACUACCGCCCCGAUGACCCCGACGACUUCAACGCCGACAUCGCCCUGCUGGAGCUGGAGGACAGCGUCCGGCUGGGGCCCGACCUCCUGCCCAUCUGCUUGCCCGACCCGGGGAACGCCUCCUACUACGAGUCGGGCCGGCUGGGCUACGUCAGCGGCUUCGGGGAGGAGAGGAAGAGGCUCUCGGACCAGCUCAAGUACGUGCGGCUCCCCGUGGCCGCCCGGGCGGCCUGCCAGGCCUGGCUCCGGAUCCACAGGCGGGCGGACGUCUUCUCCCAGAACAUGUUCUGCGCCGGGGACCGGGCCCAGAAGCAGGACGCCUGCCAGGGGGACAGCGGCGGGGUGUUCGCGGUGCAGGAUGACCACAGCGACCGUUGGGUGGCCUCCGGUAUCGUGUCCUGGGGCAUCGGCUGCGGGAACGGCUACGGCUUCUACACCAAAGUGCUCGAAUACGUGGCCUGGAUCCGGGAGGUGAUGGGCGGGCAAGAGGCGGGGGCGUGAGGGCCCGGGGCCCGGCGUCGGGUAGACGCUUCGCCAGGGCCGGCGCCCGGAUUAAAGUCGCUGCAGGAAACGCC